AUGACCACCUCGAACCUCCCUUCCACAAGUUCCAGCAGCCUCGCGCAGGCCUUGGCAGCUGCCAAGGCCUCCGCCAAGGCCACCAACAGCCGCGUCCUCGCUCUCAUCGAGAACGGCACCGCCAACGUCGAAUCCAUCCCGUCCCCGAGCGUGUUCAGCAACACCGCUCUGCUCGCCUAUGACAUCGACGCACAUGCUCCUCCCGCCGCCGCCCACCCCCGAGCCCGAGUCGCGGUCCCCGUCCCGACGAGCUUUACCGUCGACGGCGAGCUCGAGGAGGUGCUGCGGAACCUCGUGGCGCAGGGCGUCGACCUCACGUCCUUCAAUCUGGACAAUGACCCCAUGGUCAUCGAGGAGGACGCUGUGUCGGUCGCCAACGACGCGACUCCCCCUCCCCUGGACCUUCACCUUGCCGCGGCCGCUGCAGCCCCCGUCACCCCCGCCGCCGCUCCCGCCGCGCCCCAGCCCGACGCAUACCUCCACACCCUCGUCACCGAGUACAACACCCUGCUCACCGCGCAGGCCACGCAGCUGCAGACGGCCCACAACGCAAACUACCUCGCUGCAGCGCAUAUCCGGACCCAGGACGCCCAGAUGCAUACCCUCACCGGCUCGGUGGCGAGCCUGCAACAGCUCACGGUCGUCCUCCAGGACAAGCUCGCGCAGCGGGACAAGCUGCUCGCCAAGGCGUAUGAGAAGAACUACAAGCUGUUCUGGGACCUGCGCGGCGUCAAGGACGAGCGGGAUGCCAUGGAGCUGCGGCUCGCGCGCGCCACUGCCUCUGCCUCUACUUCUUCCGCUGGGGCUGGGGCGAAGCGCAGGCGCGUGGACGACGCGGACGACGCGGACGACGCGGACGGAGUGGCAGCAGACGAGGGACCGGCGGAACCGGACGCAGACGCAGACGCAGACGCAGACGGCGACGUCGACAUUGACAUGGAUCGCGUAGAUGACCGCAGCGACCUGUCGUGCAGCGAUGUGUCGUGGGACCUCGAGCCCGAACCGGGGCAGGAGGGCAGCUUACCGCCUUCGGCGGCGAUUGUGGACAUGUUCGCGGACGCGGCGAGCCAGUAG